GACGUCACUUCCUGACCGGUAGUUUUGCGGGAAGUUUGGUCCACUUACAGCUGGGCUACAGUGAAGCAUAACGAAGUGACGAUGCCUCCUAAAGCCAAGGCGGCAGGCAAAAGCAGAGCUCCAGCCAAGAGGAAACUGGCAGAGGAGUUUCCACCUGGAGAAGUGCUGAGAGACACCCAGAAGAAGGAAUGGAAGCUGGGGGCUCCAAUCGGCCAAGGGGGCUUUGGUGUCAUAUAUUUAGCUGAGGAAAAUUCAGCAAAAUCUGUGGGUGCUGAUGCUCGCUAUGUCAUCAAAGUGGAGCCCAUUGACAAUGGACCGCUAUUCUGUGAGCUCGCAUUUUACAUGAGAGCUGCCAAGCCAGAUCUGAUUCAGACCUGGAUGAAGUCUAAAAAGCAAAAAAAUCUGGGUGUCCCUCGUUACUGGGGCUCAGGUCGACAUGAGAGAGGAGGGAAAAGUUAUAGGUUCAUGGUUAUCGACAGACUUGGCACAGACCUGCAGAAGAAGUUUGAAGAAUGUGGAAGAAGAUUUCCCAGAAAACUGGUCCUCCAGCUCGGUCUUCGACUGCUGGAUAUUCUGGAGUACAUCCAUGAGCAUGAGUAUGUACAUGCUGACAUCAAGGCGUCUAACCUCAUGUUGAGUCACAGUGAUCCCAACCAGGUUUACUUAGUAGAUUAUGGGCUGGCCUAUAGGUAUGCACCUGAUGGUCUUCCCAAAGAGUACAAGGAAGAUCCCAAGAAAUGUCACGAUGGUACCAUCGAGUUCACCAGCAUUGAUUCCCACAAAGGAGUAUCUGCGUCCAGGCGCAGCGACUUGGAGAUCCUGAGUUACUGCAUGGUUCAGUGGCUGUGCGGUCGGCUGCCGUGGGAGGACAAGCUGCAAGACCCACUGUACGUCAGAGACUCCAAAAUCUGGAGUAAAGAGAACAUAACUGAGUUUAUGACCAAGUGUUUCCCUUCUCAAGACAAGCCAGAUGAGAUCCAGCAAUUCAUGGAGAAGAUUAAUUCUCUGGGAUACACAGCCAAACCGCCAUACGACAAGUUGCGCUUAAUCCUGCAGGCCGGCCUGACGACCAUUGGUGUUAAAGAUGAUGGCAAGCUAGAGUUCACUUCUGUCAGUGGAGCAGUGUCACUUCCCACCAAGAAGAAGACCAAAAGAAAGAUGGCAGAAGAUGAAGUCGAGGAGACUGAGACUGAUGCAAGUCCCAUCAAGAAAAAGAAAGUCACAAAGAAGAAGGAAGUGAACGGAGCGAAGAAGAGUCCCAAAAAGGCUCCUAGGUCGAGGAAGGUACCCAGCACUGGAAAAGGAGCUGACCCCAAAUUCAGAUUGGUGGAAAUGGGCACCCAGACGUCACCUGGACUCGCCCAGAAAUCCAGAGGCAGACCCAAGAAAACCAGCUCCUAAACAUCCACUUGUUUCUACACUCAUUCUUCCCUCCAGUAUUUCUUCUUUAUAAAAAGUCCUUUAUGUUUUAUAUACUUUGGUCGGUUACACUGUGCUGAUACAUGCUCAUGUUUAAUUGCAAGAAUUGAUUCUAAGAAUAAAG